AUGACAAGAAUUCAAGCAAUAUGUGCAGUAUUUAUAAUACUGGCGACUGUUGUGUUUGUUACACAUGUGGAGACACGCCCCGAACCUCCCGAGGAGCAACCCAGUCCCGGUACUUUGGAGUCUGAUAUAAAGUUAACAAAGUAUCAACGACAAGCUAUUGCAGAAAUGGUGCUGGAGGUGGAAAGCGGAGCGAGUGUUAGAAAAGCUCUUGCUAAUCUUACAUAUCUUUGGCCAAAUGCUACGUUGCCUUACGUCAUAUCCGCUUCAAGUGCAAAUAACGCUACCUUAAUAAAACAAGCACUUGCAUAUUGGGAGAGCAACACUUGUAUUAGAUUCCCGCUACAUGAUUCGCCAGACGAAAACGCUCCCAGAAUAGAAUUCAUAAAGGAGUUCGGGUGUUAUUCUUCUGUUGGUUACACUGGCGGAUUCCCGCAAGAAAUUUCAAUAGGAGAUUUCUGUGUUACAUAUUUGCCAGUAGUAUAA